AUGGAUCUCAAUCCUGUCUUCACGAACCUGUCGGCGUUCUCGAUUUCUCCUUCAUCGACCACCCACGCUCCAACUUUAUUCAAUCUCUCACGCGUGCGGCUUGUUCAUGGGUGGCUUGUUGAUCCACAAUCCCCGUCGUAUGCUGCAUUGGAUAAAGUAAGAGACUACGACGCUGCCGUCAACCUGAUUGUUAGUUGCGACUCAUUGAUGGGAGGGAGGAUGGUGGAGAGUGUUGGCGGGGCUGCUGCUGGGACUGGAGAGUCAGCCAAAACUGAUGUGGACGCACCAGCCAACGAUGAGCACAGGCGAAUGAUUGAAGAAGCCUUCCUCGUCCGAGACUUUUUGGAAGCCAACCCGACGCAACUCACUUACCAUGGCCUCGAAUCGCUAUUCAGUGCGAUGCACGCCCGCGAGUUGGUGUGCUUGUUCAGAAACUCGCAUCUCGGGGUCUUAUACAAGCGGGUGGAUGAGAAUGGUCACGAGUCGUUGUGGACACUGGUGACGGAUGCCAAUUUUGCGAAUGAGGGUGCUAUUGCUUGGGAGAGUCUUUGUGACAUCGAUGGUGCAGGGUCCGUGUUUGUUGAUUCGAGGUUUAGACCUGCGAACACAGCCGGCGGCGAUUAUGCCGGUCAUACAGCAGAUCAGAUCUUGCGAGAGCAGGCGCAGGUGGAAGCACUUGCCAACGAGGCGUCUGAUUUCGAGAUUGCCCAGCAACUGCAAGCUGAGGAAGAAGAGCAAGAGCGUCGGCGGAUAGCUGCUGAGGAACGUCGAAGACGCGAGCAACACAGUGGGAGACAACCUGUUUACUCACCCCAGCAUCAACAACCUCCUGCUGGACAAAUGGCGAACAUGAGAAUCUCGGACCAGCAUCUUACCGCUGAACAGUUGGCAGACGCGGGCAAGAAGACGAAGAAGGAUAAGGAUUGUGACCGCUACCGGUCUGGGGCUUCCAGGCUGCUCAACCCCCAGCUUGAAAUGUUCACUCUACGACGAGCCAUCGCUUAUACCCCUUCGUUUGUACCUCGUCACAGCAGAAUGUUUGCCCUCUAUGCCCCACUUCGUUCUGAACGUACGCCCACCUUUGCAAACCAACGAGGGCUUCAAAAGUUACCAGUACCUAGACUACGCCCCACGCUUGAUAGGUACUUGAAGAGCCUUGAACCACUAAUUGCGGAGAGUGGGCAUAACGUUGAGCUGGAGAUGCAGAAACGAGCAAGGAUGGCCGAAGAGUUUGAGCACGGAAUUGGCAAACUUGCUCAGGCGAGGUUGAUCGACCUCGAUAACGCAUCGGAGAACAACUGGCUCGAUGACAAUCUUUGGAUGAAGAAGGCCUACCACGAAUGGCGCGCACCUCUCUUGAUCAAUUCUAACUGGUGGCUCCUCUUCCACCAUGACACUACUAUCCCGGACCACAUCAAAUCCCACGACGGGACUUCAUCAUUGACCGGGGGUGUCAAACUACCUACGGGUGGCGAGGUCAGUGAUUGGCAGAUCCGACGUGCGGCAUGGUUAGCCGCUCGGUUUAUGAAUUUCAAGGAAAGGCUAGAGGCUCAAGAUAUCCACCCAGAUUCAUCACGAACAGGUCCGUUGUGCAUGUACCAGUACACUCGGCGUAUGAUGGAGCAGGUCGUAAUGUCGGCGUUAAAGAACUCGAGCACAGAUUGGGAGGUCGUAAAGGAUGUGCAGAAACGGGAGGCCGAGGGCCAACGAGCCAAACGCGUUGGUAUCCUCACCUCGGAUGAUAGGACACAAUGGGCAAAAAAUAGGGAGUAUCUAUUGACUUCGUCCGACCAAAACCGCAGCUCGUUCGAUGCCAUCGAAACUGCAAUGUUCACCAUCAGCCUGGAUCCAUAUACGCUUCCGCCCACUGCCAACAGCGCCCAGGAGCCUGAUGAGUUUAAGCAACCAGUGAUCGACGCUCAUGUCCGUAAUACAUCUUCAGGGCUCAAUGGACUCAACCGGUGGUUUGACAAAUCCUUGACUGUCUCUGUCGAGUCUAACGGAAGGGCUGGCAUGAACGGAGAACACUCACCCUGCGACGCGUUAAUACCCAGCAUUAUUGUGGAUUAUGUUGUGGCCGAGCCGAUCGAUAUCACGGCCUUUAGUGAGGCGCCUCAAAAACUUGGUGGUCUAGAGUACGUGGGCCCCGGCGAGGGCCAAGGAUGGAAACAUUUGGAUUGGGAGGUCGAUUCGAUCAUCGAGCGGGAAAUCAAACAAGCCGAAGGACGCGCCAAGGCGAUCGUAGAGGAUUCAGAUGCUGGCCAACUCUGGUACUCUGAGUAUGCUGCCGACUGGAUGAAAAGACAGGUAAGCAGAGUUUCUCCAGACGCAUACAUUCAGCUUGCGUUACAACUUGCAUGGUACAAGCAACACGGCUCCUUUACCGCCACAUAUGAGACUGCAUCCACUAGGCUGUUUAAACAUGGUAGGACAGACGUUAUCCGCACAUACAGCACCGACACCCGAGAUUUUGUCAAAACAAUGGUAGACUCGGGCGCAUCGGUGGAUGCGAAACUCGCCACAUUGCAACGUGCAAUAAAUUCGCAUAAUACAUACACGCGCGAUGCAUCAACAGGAAAAGGUUGCGACCGUCACCUCUUUGGUUUGAAGCAGAUGCUUCAGCCAGGAGAGAGCAGUCCAUUAUUUGAGGAUGAGCUGUUUGCCAAGAGUGCCGAGUGGAAGCUUAGUACUAGCGGGCUCAGUGCUGGAGAUCGCUUCCUUGGAACUGGUUUCGGUACCGUCUGGCCCGACGGAUAUGGCAUUAACUACCUUGCUGGCCCCAAAAUCAUUAAAUUUGGAAUCGAAUCCAAACACUCGUGCCCCACCACUUCCACCGCAGACUUCAAGGCAAAAAUCGUCGAAAGCCUGCGUGAGAUGAAGGCAAUAUUCAAAGAUUUAGAGACGAUUGAUACGACUCCCAAACCCAAACUCUGA